ACACGGACAGGCUGACCUCCAGCUCGGUAGGGGCGCUCUGACGCAGAAAGGUCACCGGAAGCUCGUAUACCAACAAGAGACAACAGAGGAGGCCUGUGGUUUAGCAGAUAUUAACGUUAACGAAAUUCAAACAACCCACACUUUGUUAGUAUUGUAACCUCAUAUUUUUUUUUUAAUUUAGUACUACGUUGAUCUACGAGGGUAACGUUUGAUCUCUUAUGAAAAUGGGUAGGAGCAGGAGUCGAACUCCCCAAAGACGAGAGAGAAGACGUUCCCGCUCAACCUCACGGGAGCGUGAACGAAGGCGUAGGGAGAGAGAUCGCUCUCGUUCUCGAGAUCGGGACCGAGACAGGCGCAGAAGUCGCUCGCGAUCUCCUCACAGGAGGCGUUCCAGGUCUCCUGCCAGACGUCAUCGCUCCUCCUCCCUCUCUCCUGUGAGAGGAAAAGACCGACGUGAAGAUGAACGCAAAGAGGCUAAGGAAAAGCCAGCAAAGCCCAUUCAGAUUUCAGCGGAGGACAUGCAGGGCAAAACAGAAGAGGAAAUAGAGAUGAUGAAACUGAUGGGAUUUGCCUCCUUUGAUACCACUAAGGGGAAGAAAACAGAUGGAUCAGUAAAUGCACAUGCUGUCAAUGUGACCAUGAAGAGAAAAUACAGGCAGUACAUGAACAGAAAAGGUGGAUUCAACAGACCACUGGACUUCAUCGCUUGAAAGUAUCAGCAACUCGUCGUGAUACCCAAGAGGUGUACCUCUGUCCUCCCCUCACAGUGGAUGAUAUCGUGCUAUAUCCUGUUAUUUCUGACUUGUUUUGUGUGAUGCUACAAUUCUGUAUAUACCUUUUUUACAAGUAAACACAUAAAUGUAAAUAACAGUGCUUGCAGUAACCUACAGCUAUCGAGAGAAGACCCUGUGUGUACACAAUGCAUGGAGCUCUAUGUUGUUGAAGUGGAUCCUGUUUUAUUUGAAAUAAAAGCAUUUUAAAAUGUG